CCGAUUCUUUGGGACUCGUUGUUCCUCUGCUUUCCUAUGUGCGGCGUCGUCCGUUAUUCCGUUAUGGACUAAAAGCCUCAUAUCUACUCCACCUACACAAACCGGGGCAAGGGAAAAAGCGGUGCAGAGCCUUGCUGCGUCCGGGGGGGGAAAAAAAGGAACAAAAGGGUAAUUCCCAAUCGCCAAAACGAUGAUAUACGGCGUCUCGGAUGCACCCUCGGUGUGAAAACUCAGUAGGAGCGUAAGCUAAUAUCGCAGCUCGGCUACAACAAGCGAGAAGAUGGCGAACGAUUCUCCAGCUAAAAGUCUGGUGGAUAUAGACCUCGCCUCUCUGCGGGACCCCGCUGGGAUUUUUGAGCUGGUCGAGGUGGUGGGCAAUGGCACAUAUGGACAAGUCUACAAGGGUCGGCAUGUCAAAACAGGGCAGUUGGCGGCCAUCAAGGUCAUGGACGUCACAGAGGAUGAAGAGGAAGAAAUCAAGUUGGAGAUUAAUAUGCUGAAGAAAUAUUCUCACCAUCGCAACAUUGCCACCUACUAUGGAGCUUUCAUCAAAAAGAGCCCACCAGGACAUGAUGACCAGCUCUGGUUGGUGAUGGAGUUCUGUGGUGCUGGCUCCAUCACAGACCUGGUGAAGAACACGAAAGGAAACUGGCUGAAGGAAGACUGGAUUGCAUACAUCUCCAGAGAAAUCCUCAGGGGCCUGGCUCAUCUGCACGCCCACCAUGUCAUCCACAGAGAUAUUAAAGGGCAAAACGUGCUGCUGACUGAAAACGCAGAAGUCAAACUGGUGGAUUUUGGUGUGAGCGCUCAGCUGGACCGCACCGUGGGACGCAGGAAUACCUUCAUUGGCACGCCAUACUGGAUGGCACCCGAGGUCAUCGCCUGCGACGAAAACCCUGACGCUACCUACGACUACCGGAGCGACUUGUGGUCCUGUGGUAUCACGGCUAUAGAGAUGGCUGAAGGAGCACCGCCGCUGUGUGACAUGCACCCGAUGCGAGCGCUCUUCCUCAUUCCCAGAAACCCUCCACCUAGGCUCAAGUCCAAGAAAUGGUCCAAGAAGUUCUUUAACUUUAUUGAAAGCUGUCUGGUGAAGAACUACACUCAGAGGCCGACCACGGAGCAGCUGCUGAAGCACCCGUUCAUCCGAGACCAGCCGAACGAGAGACAAGUGCGCAUCCAGCUCAAAGAUCACAUCGACCGCACCCGCAAGAAGAGGGGAGAGAAGGACGAAACUGAGUAUGAAUACAGUGGCAGUGAGGAAGAGGAGGAGGAAGCUCCGGAACAGGAGGGAGAACCAAGCUCCAUUGUGAAUGUGCCGGGUGAGUCGACCCUGCGGCGGGACUUUAUUCGUCUGCAGCAGGAGAACAAGGAACGCUCGGAGGCGUUGAGGAGGCAGCAGCUCCUGCAGGAACAGCAACUUCGUGAGCAGGAGGAGUACAAACGCCAACUGCUGGCCGAGCGCCAGAAACGUAUCGAGCAGCAGAAGGAGCAACGGAGGAGGCUUGAGGAGCAACAGAGGCGUGAGCGAGAGAUGAGGAGGCAGCAGGAGAGAGAGCAGCGGCGACGCGAGCAGGAAGAGAAGAGACGUCUAGAGGAGAUCGAACGCAGGCGCAAGGAAGAGGAAGAGCGCAGGAGAGCCGAGGAGGAAAAAAGGAGAGCAGACCGUGAACAGGAGUACAUCAGGCGGCAGCUGGAAGAGGAGCAGAGACAUCUGGAAAUUCUACAGCAGCAGCUUCUGCAUGAACAGGCCAUGCUACUGGAGUUUAAGUGGAGGGAGCUGGAGGAGCAGAGACAGGCCGAGAGACUCCAGAGACAGUUACAGCAGGAGCAGGCAUAUCUGCUUUCCCUCCAACAGGCUAAAAGUCUCCAACAGCAGCCUCAAGCACAGCCCCCAGCUGCAGACAAGAACAAAAACCCCACACAGCCCCCAUCCUCAGCUCAAAGGAGCAAAAUUCCCCAGCAGCAGCAGCCUUUAUCUGAAAAGAGCAGAAAAGCUCCAGUGGAGCAGCACCAGGACAAGAGCAAGAACCAGCCACUGACCAGCCAGGAAAAGUCCAGAAUCCCGCAGUUGCAACAGUCGGCUGUGGAAAGGACCAAAACCCCGCCGUCCACGCAGGAUAGGAGCAGGAUUCCCCAGCCACAGCAGAGCGCACAGGAAAAAAAACAAAUCCCUCAGCCUCAGCAAGUUCCCACAGAGAAGAAUCCUCUCACUCAAGACCAAACACGGAGGAGCUCGAUCCCCCAGGCUGUUCCGCCUGCCCAGGAGCAGGGCCGGGCCAAUCAGACACUCCCGUCAGAAUCCCAGUGCUCCGCCCCUGACUCGGAGCCAAUCAGAGAGGCAGAUGAGCGGCACCGCAGGAACGCACAAGGCUCGCCACAGGCCGCAGGGGCUCAGAAGCAGCCCCCCGCCGUAGGGCCUCAGAAGCAACCCCCCGCCGUCCCACCGCGCGCUGAAACCUUUUCCAAUGGCAGCGCCUCCGAGUCGGCCCAGCCUGCCCUGCACCGCCCCAUGGAACCUCAGGUGCAGUGGUCCCAGGUAGCCGCUCUAAAGAGCAGCUCAGCCGCUCCUCCCUCCAUCUCCCGCACGCACUCGUUCAGUGAGUCCGCUCCCUCACUCGCUCACGUUCGCGCCCAGCAGCACCCACCAUGCCCCGAGCCGCCGCCCCACACGCACGAGGAGCCUCCCCGGGUUCCGGUAAGAACAACCUCCAGGUCACCAGUACUCUCUCGCCGUGACGCCCCUCACCAAGGCGGCGCACCACAGAGCAACCUGCCAGCUCAGAAGAAUGUCGGAAGUAACGCUGAUCCGCGAUUGCUCUGGGAGCGGGUAGAGAGGAUGGCUCCCAGACCCAGCAGCAGCUCAUCAGGGUCUAGUUCCACAUCCAGCAACUCCAACACUGGGUCAGGAGAGAGAUUCAGACCACGCACCUCUUCUAAGUCCGAGGGCUCUCAACAGUGGCCGGAGCACGCGGUGAAAAAAGCAGAGGAGAAGAAGGAUGUAGCUCGGCUUGGGCGUCCGGCGGAUUUGACAGCACUGGCCAAAGAGUUGCGUGCUGUGGAGGAUGUGAGACCACCACACAAGGUCACCGAUUACUCUUCCUCUAGCGAUGACUCGGGAACCACCGACGAUGAGGAUGAUGAAGAGGUGGAUCAGGAGGCAGGAGAGGAGUCUACCUCAGGCCCGGAGGACUCGCGUGGAGGACUAAGCAACGGUGAGACGGAGUCCGUGAAGACGAUGGUUGUCCAUGAAGAUGAUGAUGCCUCCUCCACCCCGUGCAAAGACAGCACUCUAGUUGUGCGACAGAGCGCAGGUGAUGUAAAAAAGCACCCAGUGCCCACAUCGGCCUCGAGCUUUAGUGACCGGAAUGGCUAUUCGGGCCGAAUUCACCUCUUGCCCGACCUGCUCCAGCAGAGUCAGCCCUCGCCCCCAUCUUCCUGCCCUUCCACCCCCUCCUCCACGUCCUCAUGCCACAGCAGUCCUGCCCUGUCCCCUCUUGCUACCCCGGACAGGCUGCCCUGCCCUAUGGAGUCACAGUCCGCCACAAUGCAGAAGCACAAGUCCUCCUCCUCCUUCACUCCUUUCAUUGACCCGCGCCUGCUCCAAGUCUCUCCGUCAACCGGCAGCGCUCUCAACAACGUGGGUUACGGGAAUGACGCAAGGCUGCAGGAGGCGCUGAGGCAGGAUGCGUCACGCAAGGGCUCCGUGGUGAACGUGAACCCGGUUAACACUCGGCCACAGAGUGACACGCCGGAGAUCCGCAAAUACAAGAAGAGGUUCAACUCCGAGAUCCUGUGUGCUGCUCUGUGGGGUGUGAAUCUGCUGGUCGGGACAGAGAGUGGUCUGAUGCUGCUUGAUCGUAGCGGUCAGGGGAAGGUCUAUCCCCUCAUCAACCGCAGGCGCUUUCAGCAAAUGGAUGUCCUGGAGGGAUUAAACGUGUUGGUGACCAUAUCAGGGAAAAAGAAUAAGUUGCGGGUGUAUUACUUGUCCUGGCUGAGGAACAAGAUUCUCCACAAUGACCCGGAGGUGGAGAAGAAGCAGGGGUGGACCACCGUAGGGGAUCUGGAGGGGUGUGUCCACUACAAAGUCGUGAAAUAUGAAAGGAUCAAGUUCCUGGUCCUUGCACUGAAGAACUCUGUGGAGGUGUACGCCUGGGCUCCGAAGCCCUACCACAAGUUUAUGGCUUUCAAGUCAUUUGGUGACCUGGUACACAAGCCCCUCCUGGUGGACCUGACGGUAGAGGAAGGUCAGAGGUUAAAGGUCAUCUACGGGUCGUUCUCAGGGUUCCAUGCCGUGGACGUGGACUCGGGAGCUGUGUAUGACAUCUACCUGCCCACUCAUAUCCAGACCAGUAUUCAGUCGCAUGCCAUAAUCAUUCUGCCAAACACAGAUGGCAUCGAGCUCCUUGUGUGUUACGAGGACGAGGGCGUGUACGUCAACACCUAUGGCCGCAUCACGAAGGACGUAGUGCUACAGUGGGGAGAGAUGCCCACCUCUGUGGCAUACAUUCGCUCCAACCAGAUCAUGGGCUGGGGAGAAAAGGCCAUCGAGAUUCGCUCUGUAGAGACCGGCCACCUGGAUGGAGUUUUCAUGCAUAAGAGAGCUCAGAGGCUGAAGUUCCUGUGUGAACGCAAUGACAAGGUUUUCUUUGCGUCAGUGCGUUCCGGAGGUUCCAGCCAGGUCUACUUCAUGACACUAGGACGCACGUCCUUACUCAGCUGGUAAACAGUCCCUCUCAGCCUGGAAUGACAAAUCCCUUUUUACAUGAUGACAGCGUUGGGAAAAAAACCUACAACCACCACACACCUAAAGUACAACCAGAGAUCCUCAGUGUGAUGAGCAGAAACCACAUUAAGAUAAACGACUCUCACCUGCUGUCGUGAACCAGACUGAGAAGCUGUAUAGAAAUUUCAAUUUAGAUGAAGGAGAAAAAAAAAAAGGAAAAAAAAAGCGUGUGUAAGAGAGAAGGUCUAAGGCGAGAGGCUUGAUCUUACAGUAUUAUUGCUAGCCUGUGUAAAUGUUUUCUUUCUGUAGAAAUCUCUGAUUGACCGAGUGGUAGAGUAUGGGCGGACGCCGUAUAACUGCUAGGGAAUACGUGAGAGUUUCAGGGUGGAAGGAGAAAUGCAGCUUGUGUGAGUGUUUUAUUCAGUAGGUUCUGAGAAAGUAAAGUGUAUUCACAUUAUGGACAGGUAGGUGCGUGAUGCGUCUAGGACGGAGAUGGACCAUGAAAGAAUAUUUUAAUGCUAUUAUUAUUAUUAUUAUUAUUAUUAUUAUUAGUAUCAUUAUUAUUAUUAUUAUUACUAUUCACUAAAUAUGUGGAUUCUUGUAAUCUUCUACCUGUGAUUUCAAGGCUCGCACGUUCUCACUAUUCCCAAUAAUAUAUGUAUUUUUUUUUCUUUUUCAUUUCACUGAAGCCCAAGUUGCCACCCUAAUUGUUUCUAAAAGACCAGAGAGAGCAACAAGCAUGGAUUUUUGCAUAUUAAUUAGUGGCCCCGCCCCUUCCCUCUCACCUGACAGUUGAGCGUAGGAUCUCUGUCUCGCCUCUAGUUCGAGUUUUAGAGACUGUCUGAAACGAUGUACCUGCUGUGAAUACGUGAAGGUAGUAGAGAUGUGUCAGCUCAGUGGUGUGUGAGCACGUGUCAGAUAAACCUAAAUAUUCAGACCUCCCAAGAUGUUGAAUUGAAGCAUAUCUGACACUGAAAGGUUCUAGUCCUUGAUUAGGUGGAUGACAUUUCGUUUCUUUUGCCCCCCAACUUUUGAUUUUAGGAUUCCCCCCCCCCCCCCCCACACCCCCCAAUAUAUACGAUGCACUAAGUGGGAAUGUAGUGUGAAAAUACUGUUCUUGUGCUUAAAAUUGAAAGGCAUGUGUCCCCGCUGUUUUAUUUUCUUCCUUUUACAAUGUUGAACAGAGUAACAAUAACAAACUGAGCCUGUCUGAGUCUAUUGUGCGUGACUUUGGAGUUGUUUGCCGUCGUACGCGGUCGUUUCUGUCCAGCAUCGUCUCUUCUCGACACGAAGAGUGCUCCGUUUCAGUAAAAUCCAGACUGUAAGGGUUUGAGUUUCACCUGUACGUCCUCAGUGUUCCAUACAUUCAGCAUGAUUGGUGUGGUUUUCUCCGUCUUCUCCGUGGGUUCCUGUCAGGUGACCUGCCGCUUGUUGAUAUUAAAUGUGUUCCUUUAGAGCGUAACACACACACGGUGUUAUGUUACUGAAGGCAUGUCACCUGUACGGCUCGGUGUGACUCUGAGGAGAGCAAUAGCAAUCUCUCUCACUCACACACACACACACACACACACACACACACAAAACCCAAUACUGUCCUGUUUCAUUGCUCUUCUCUCUGUAGACCUCUUUCACAUCGACCCUAAGUUUAAGGCUUUAUAAUUUUCCAACAGUUUAUCCGUUCUUAAAAACAACACAACUGCUGUUACUCCACGUGGCAAACACUAAUAUGUGGUUUAUAUGUUUUUCUUUGUGCUUUGCGUUUCAGUCCUUCAGUUUGGACACAGAUCUUUAGCAGUUAGCAGUUUUCUUUGCGUGUGUGUGUGCUGUAUUUACUUAAUGAAGGCUAACCCUGUGGGUUUUCUUGGGUCCAUCAUCACAAACAUUUUUUUCAUAUUUACCUCGUCUUUUCCCGUCAGUUUUACAAUUAUGCUCCCACACACACACACACACACACACACACACACACACACACACUCCAUUCACCACCAUAUUUUUUUUGUUAGGUGCUUUCAUUUCAUUUGAUCGUUUGUAUAAUUUUAUUUAAAGCUAAUAAGUAUUAAUUAUUGUUCAGGUUGUUUAGAUUUCCUUUCAGCUUCAUGCGAAAAGAUUUACUGCUUGUGGUGUUUGCAUAAGAAACUAAAAUCAAUUGUGCUAUAGUGACAAAAUGGAGAAACUUAAGAACUGAUGUUAAGGAACCACUACAUGAAAUGCAAACGUUUUCUGUUGUUGUUGUUUUCUGUUUUUAAGAGCGUUGAGUGCUCCGGUUCUAGAUAUAGUUAAGAAGCUUAACUAUAGACGUUUUUUUUUCUUCAUUUUCUCUAACGUUAUUUUCAUUCUCUGCAGCCGUACAGCGAUUAUAGUGCAGUCGUAAUCUAGUGCUCACUUAAUAUAAUGUUCACCUGUUGAGGAAAAUGUUUACAGAGGCAAAGUUGAGCUACACUAAUUUUAAUUUUAUUUAUGUUUUCUCUUACAGAACUCUUAGCUUUUUUUUUUUUGCUUUUUUUUUUGUAUUGACUUAUUUUGUCUGUAUUUCUCUUCUCAGUUGUUUAAGGCUAAUAACUCAGACAGAUAUGAAUAAUGACGUUUCAGAAACGUUCCCGGCUGAUCUGGAUGUCUGUGUUUCAGUCGUGGCACUGUAUCGUUCGUCCUCUCUGUGUGUGGCAGGAAGUCUUGUAUUUUCCUGAUGGUCCUUUGUUUUUUCUUUGAAAAUAAACUCCUAAGGUAAUUUAAGGAAAUUUGUGUGAUUUUUACUUCUUUUUUUUUUUCCCCUCUCAAGGUGUUUAAUGCUUUAGUUGUCAUGUUGAAGGUGAUGUACUGAGUGUUUGAACAUUUUACUGGGGACAUCAUUGGCUUCGUCUUUAUUAUUUUGAGACAAGUCCCUACCCUGUACGAACAGGACUUAGUAAUGGAAUAUCCAAAUGUCCACAGCAGAAUUCAGACACUGUAAAAGAUCUGCCGAGUACCAAUGACUUCUAAAGUAAAAUAAUCUAAUUUGAUAAUGUAUUUAUUUACAACUAAGAUGAAUCAGUUUGUUAUAUAUGUUUGAGAAAUCCGCAUUGAAAUCUGUCAGAAGAUGCAGAAUACACGCGAUAGUGGUUCCUCCGUGUUAAUGUUCUUCCUGAGGGCCGUCAGUAAGGACACACUUUUGGACUUGACAACUGAACGACAUUAUCUCAUUAUAUGAGAAAUAUCAUUUGCCAAAAUUGUGCUCAUUUGUUGUGGAAUAAAACCAGCUCUUUGUCGUGGAGUCGCAUCUGUCAGACUCGCAUCUUUGCAUCAAUGGCAAGUUCUAAUGUUUUAUAAAAUCCCAUUGAGUUAAACUCGACUCCGUUUCCUGAGUGUCUAAAAGCGGCUCUGCUGUCCUCUGAUUUAAUUAAUAUAAAUUAAAAAUAGUGAGUUGGUAAGAAACUUUUUUCUUAGAUUUUUGCUUUGCUCUUAAAUAAAAUAAAAAAUGCAGCCAAUUAUAAAAUUGUACCAGUUUAUAUUGAAAAUAUUUUAUCGACUUAAUACUUUAUGGUUGAAAAUUAAGUAAAUCUACUGGCCGUUUCAGACACGAGAUGGAAUGCUGACUGUUCUUAUUGAUGACAUUUUUUUUUUUAAAAAUGCAUGUUUCCUUGACAACAAAGAAUGAACACUUGUUACUUGUUACCGUCAUUUGUUACACAAUGUCACACGAGUUCCUGGUAUGAGUGUGUGUGAGAAUUUUCAUCUUGAUGACACAAUAAGAGUCACUCGUAUACAGGAUGCCACAAGAAA